GAAGGUCAAGUUUAACAGAGGUGAGAUGAAGGAGAGGAUUGUGGAUAUCUACGUCAGUGCAGACACCCUGAGAGACGGUGAGACCAGCACCAAGAGAGAAGAGACAGCAGACACUGCUCCUAAUAAUGGACCAGGAGACCAGCACUCAGUACAUGUUCAGUGGUGGAAGAGACCCUCUGGAGUUGCUGCAGUGUGUCUGGGGCUGCUGUGUGUUCUCCUACUGGCUGGGAUCAUAGGCCUGUCUGUUCAAUACAGAAACAUCUCAAGGAACUCAUCUGCAGAGAGAGACCGGCUACAGAACAGUUACAACAACCUGUCUAAAGAGAGAGACCAGCUACAGACCAGUAACAACAACCUGACUACAGAGAGAGACCAGUUACAGACCAGUUACAACAACCUGACUAGAGAGAGAGACCAGCUACAGACAAUUUACAUCACCAUGACUAAAGAGAGAGACCAGUUACAGACCAGUUACAACAACCUGACUCAAGAAAGAGACCAACUACAGACUGAGAGAGAUUUUCUUAGCGGGAGGCUUACCAAUUGCAAACAAACCUGUCCUGAAGGCUGGCAGAAAUUUGAAUCCAGUUGGUACUUCCUCUCUGAGAAGACUGAUAAAACCUGGGAGAAGAGCAGACAGGACUGUCUGGAGAGAGGAGCAGACCUGGUGAUCAUAAACAGCGAUAAGGAACAGGAGUUUCUCUUCAACCUCAAGAAGAGAGUCUGGAUUGGUCUGACUGACUCUGUUAAGGAGGGGACCUGGAAAUGGGUGGACGGCACCCCACUGACCACAGGGUACUGGUAUGUCCCACAGCCUGAUAAUGCAGGUCCUACUGGGGAAGAGGACUGUGCUGAGAUACACGAAGAUCAGAGUCCUCUAAAGGCAUGGAAUGACUUGUCAUGUGACAGCGAACUCAACUGGAUUUGUGAGAAAGCAUUUCAACAUCACCAUGACAACAUACUGUAAUACAUACAGCAACCUGCAGUUCUCUCUCUCUGUGUCUCAAACCAACGCACAUGUUUGUAUUUCUUUGUAUUAGCAUAUUAAUAAAAGCCUUACUUAUUUCCUCAC